CGUGAAGCGACACUGGGGGGACACAGAGAUUCUGUCUGGAUUUAUUAACACCGAGCAGACCACGGACGAAGCAGCAAGAUGAACGGUGCAGCUGUGUAUCCCCCUCCCACCGCUCCUGCAGCCAACAUGUUCGGCAACGUGCCUGGCUAUGAAGGCAUCGCGGCUGGAGGAGGCGGUUACCUGCCCCCUCCUAUGCCCUUGGAGCCUGUGGCCCCACCGCAACCUGGUCCCGAACAGGACAACUGGAGCGUUCCCGCCCUCUCAGAGGAUGUGGCUUCUGAGGCGUUCAAGAGCUAUGCCUCAUCUCACUGCUGUUACAGUAGUGGUCCUGCUGAAGAUGGGGUCAUCACCAGCAUGGAGCCAUACAACACCUUUAGGUACCGACUGGAGACGUAUACUGAGUCCAGGUCAACUGAGUUGGCCCAUAAACCUCACGAAGGUGAGGUGGCUGACUUCUACACCCAGACUGCCCCCCAGCCCUGGGAGAUCCAGGUCCCGGUUCCCAGCUUGUUCACCAAUGAAACAAAGGAGAUCCGUGUGCCCUACACCUCCUCCAUCAAGGACUGCCACAGCUGCCAUGCCGCAGGGAAGAUUCCAUGUAAAGAGUGCCAGGGAAAUGGAUAUAAACAAUGCUGGGUGUGUAACGGCUCUGGGCAGAAGGAUGCUGGUAACUGCACUCGCUGUGAUGCUUCAGGCAAAGACAGGUGUACAAAAUGUAAAUCUCAAGGAUCGACAGACUGUGAAACCUGUAAAGGAAAACGGCAACUGCUGACCUACAUCCAGCUCAAAGUGGAGUGGACUAACAAUGUGGAGGACCACGUGGUGGAGCAGAAUUCGGGUCUGGUGAUGGAUAAUCUUUGUUCCGUGAGCGGGAAGGAGCUGUUCAAGAACAACCACUACCUGCUCUACCCGCUGCUCGGGUUCCCAAACCCGGCCAUCUCUGAGGCCUCUGAGCGUCUGAUCAGAGAGCACCAAAGCAAGUACGCCCAGACCUCCAGGAUCCUGCAGCAGAGGCAGACAGUCGAGUUGAUCCCCAUCACCAAGGUGAACUAUAAGUGGAAAGGCAACUCUCACGUCUACUUUGUGUGCGGCAACGAGCACCAAGUCAGCGCUGACUACCCAGCAACCUGCUGCUGUGUCAUCCUGUAGACACACACACACACACACACACACGGUUGAACUCGACUGUCCCAAACUUCAGAUCAUAAUCAUCAGUUCAGUUAAUCCAAUAUAUAUAUAUAUAUAUAUAUAUCAUGCUCUACUCUUAACAGUCCUGGAGGGAAUGGAUUUGUCUGUUUGUCUUCAUGUUUACAGAACUCUCUCUACCUCCUGUUAGGACGCUGUGAUGCUCCACCAGGUGUCCCAAUCAGACAGAACAAUGGUUUUUAAAUUGAAAAAUUUUAAUUGAAUUGACUUUAACUGGAGUGGCAUUCCUGUCAUUUAUCCUUCAUAUCAAGAACUGAAUCGUUGAUAAACAAGUUUAAGAUUUUAUCCUUUUAUUUAAAUUAGUGCUGUCAGUUAAACCCAUUUUAACGGCAUACAUUUUUUUAGCACAAGAUUAACGUUCUUUUUGGCCUAGCACACUUUGUAGUUUUUUUCACAUGCUGUUGCAACAACUAGUAACGUUAGAAAAACUACAACACCACACCGGAUCUAGCUAGACCGGAAACAAAACAACAGGCAUGCCGCAUACAGUUGUUUAAGAGUAGUAGACGUUACGUUUUGAGUGGAUGGCGAGCGCGAGAUGCCGAAAUGGAUGCCAUUAAUAUUCUGAAUGGAAAGUUUACUUUUAAUAAGUUGCCAAAUGGUUACAUUGACAAGACCAAAGUGAUCUGUGUGUUUUGUUGUUGUGAACUGAGCUAUCAUCGCAGCACGUCCAGUCUGAAAUACCAUUUGAUGGCCAAACACACAGCUGAUGCAGAUUCUCCGCCCCCUCGUCAAAGCCAGGCGACAACGGAUGAUUUUUCAAUUAAAAACAACAUUUGCACAAAGCAAGCCGAUCCACUUUUCCAUGUUGAUAAGAGCAUUAAAAUGAGAAAAAAUAAUGGGACAACAAGAAAUCAAGGGACUUUUAGAAUAGAUAAAAUGUGCGAUUAAUUGCGAGUUAACUAUGACAUUAAUGCGAUUAAAUAUUUUAAUCGUUUGACAGCACUAAUUUAAAUGGAAAAAAAUACGUUGUGGUUGAACCGGCCUACUGUCUUGCUCCUCAGAGUCCAUUAUUGUCUCUGUGACACCUGUGUUGACCGUCACCUGACCACUUACCAAAGAUAUUUUUCUGAUAUACUUUCACUCAACAGUUUACUGAAAACAGUGCCAGUGUGUGCCAUUUAAUGUCAGUCUCAGUAUUGCAUGAAAACGAGCAAAAAAAACAAAAACAAUUGCGGUGAACUGUGUGAACCUAUGGAGGAAACAGGAAGCUUGUAGACAACAACAGAUGUGGUUCACCUGGUUCCUUCCUGUGGAUUAAUGUGACAUAAAGGUGAAAACCACUUCAGCAUUUAAUCUGCUGAGAGCAGAAGUUUCACCACAAACAGGUCAACAUUGUCAUGCCUGCAGGAACACAAACAGAUAAUUUAUACUAUAGGGGUCCGGUCACACCAUACAGUGUCAAAACAAAAUGUAUCUGCAUGUCUACACUAAAUAUUUGUGUCUAGAAGCUUUUAGCAAUCUGUUUUUUUACCAUAUCCUGCAGCUCUAGAAGCUGUUUGAGCUUUUCUGUCAGCUAACAGAAAUCAGUUAGCAAGCUCAGUUGUUAACAGGACAAUAAGCAACAAUACGCUUUAUUCAGUUUAUUCAGGAGGUGUACACAAAAAAAUACCAGGAUCUUUUUUUAUUGUUGUUUGUUUUACAAUUUAGUAAACAUCUCGUCUUUCACAAGCAGAAUUAAAUUAUUACCAUGACAGCCUUACUUUUCAGUACAGAAACAUGUCACAGUGUGUUCUGUUGAAAACAGAACAGAAGAAAAGGCUGCGUUAAAUAAUGAUUACCACGUUAUAACCCAUGUUAUCGCCAAUUUUGCUAAGAUCUAAGUGUUUCCUGUCCUGCAUAAAGUCCAUUAAAAUCUCUCCAGCUUUCCACUCUGCCACUGUGACUGACAGACAACCAGCUACCAGUCUGCAGGCUCUUCUGACUGGAACAAAGGAAGGAAGGAAGGAAGGGGAGAGAGAGAGAGAGAGAGAGAGAGAGAGAGAGAGAGAGAGAGAGAGAGAGAGAGAAAUGACUGUUCAGGUCUAGAGAGAGUUGGUUACAAAAUGAGUUAAAGAAUUUCAUUGCCAACAAGAUCAUUUGGUUAUACUUUUAACCUCAUCAAAAGUCAAGGUGUUUUUUGAUAGAUCUUGAAAGGUUUUGGAGAAUAGCCGUUUGAAAAGUAGAUUAUUAAUCUGGUCAAAGUCACAGAAAUAAAUGCAGAUAAUUUGUGAUAGUUAAAGUUAAUUUGGAUGUUUUUUUGGCUGCGUUGUGAGGUUGAGACUCCUGAAGCUGGUGGUUUGAACAUCAGAUUGAACAGCAGCUAACAGGACAGAGCUAGCAGAAACAUCUGAAACAGCAGCGCAGCAUUAAAACCAGACUAAAACUUAAGUCUGAAACCAAGCAAGCAGUUAAAUAUUUGUGUUCUAGUUGCUUCGUAACUUUGUGUGCAAAGGAAGAAACUAUUAGAAUUGUGUUGUCUCCAGUUCCCGCUGACUUCAACAGUUUACCUCAAGACCGAAAUAUACAUCCUGUCCCUUUUAAAACUGCCUUCCUGAAGUACACCAGAGCUCCUGUAGGGGGCGCUCUGUGUUUAACAGACCCUGCUGCCCUCUGCCUUCAGAAUUAUCAGUUUAUAUGUGACACACAGGACGUAGCCACUUCAGGUUUAUAUGUUUUACUGUUAAUGUGCAAAUGGCCAUACACACAGUAUUUUUUAUAUUAGCUGACGUACUAUAUAUGACAUAUUCCUUCCAUUGCUGCAGUUCAUGAAACAGAAGAUUUGAUAAUGUUCCUUACUGUUUAUCUUCGGGGGUUCGGGAGUGAUUUUUUUCUAUUGUCUGUAACUCUUUUGAGCAGUCGACUGUUAAUUCUCGGUGUGUUUUAAGUACAACAUUUUUCUUACUAAAGGGAUUCUGCUAGAAUGUAGAUGCUACAAAUGUCUUAUAACUCUCACUAACAGUUAUUGCAGUAUAGAUUAUUAAUUGUAUGUUAUCGUUAAAACUGAAAAUAAACUUGUGAGACUCA